AAUUCAUACACACGAGAAAAAUUCAACAAAUCAAGUGCACACAGAAUUAUUUAUUAUCGAAAAUUUAGUGAAAAUAAAUAUUAUUAAAUAACAAAAAACAUUUCAUUUGAUACAUCGUUCCAUAUAGAAUAUGAAAUAAUAAAACGAUAUAAAUUUAUUGCACUGAAAAGUAAGUGAAAGUUGUUGGAAAAAACAUAAUUGCAAUUUUAUGUGUCUUAAAAAGCGAGUCUCUUCUCACGGUUGAAAUCCAUACAUCCAGAAGACGAAAGAAAUUAAGAGGUACAAAAAGAAGAAGAGGAAGACAAUUUUUGUGUAAUUUGCAACGAAUAUCAAAAACAAAGCAAAAUACGUGAAAAUGCGAAUAUUGAUAUACAAACUAGAUAGAAAAAAACGUAAAUUGUUAUAAAAAAGUGCAGUACACAGAACAGUGGAUUUAUAUUUAAUUAAAAAGGUUAAAGUGAAGUACGAAAGAUGCAAAUGUAUUGCUAUAAGCCCAAAUAGGAAAAUUACAAUCAUUCAAAGUGAAAAUAAAUUUGAUUUGGAAUUGAAAAUACUUUAGAAUGGAUGCAAAGAAGAAUAAAAUGUGUAAAGUACGUCUGAGACGUCUCAGACCAGAUAUGGUGGACAAGUUAAAGACCAAAAGAGGAAUGUCAAAAGCCGAUGUGCAAUUAAGUUCAUCCUCCUCAGAAUCAGAAGACGAUGAAAUGAAUGUGGAUGAUGGUUGUGAGAAAAUAAGUGUGCAGCUAAAGAGUCCUCUCGCUUUGGGUAGUAAUAAAGACUUUGAUCCAUAUGUCCUAUUAACUGAAGCCCAGGCUGCCUUAAAGUUGAGUUCUGAAAAUGCUUCCAAAAAUCUGGAAGAAAAAAUGGACACAGAAUGUUCAGCAAACAAUACUAGCAAUAAAAAUAUUUCAGUAACAACAGUUUCAAAGCCGCAUAAGAAACCAAAACAUUGUAAAAAACAAAAAUCUAACUGUUAUCCACCACUUGGAGAGAAUAGUGCUAAUGCCAGCAGCGGCAGCAGUGCAAGAUUAAAGACAUCAAUUGAAAAUGAUAUUUAUGAUUUGAUAUAUUAUCACAGCGACGAUGAGGGACCCUGCAGCUAUAAUUGCAAUCACGCUAGGGCAUCUUCAACUGCUGCCGUUCUUGCUCUUGCACCCACCGAUCGUCGCAGCAGUACUGGAAGUAGUUCAUCUUUGCUAUCGGAUAAAUGUUCAAUGCCUUUUUUCAAACUUUUCGAAAAUAAUUGUAUAUCUGUUAUGGAUGACGAAAAUCCACCUACAGCUCUAUCGAAGAUACUUUCGAUUAAAGAAUUCGAUCCACUGGCUCCUCAACAAAUACUUGCUAUAAUUAUUAAGUCGAUUGUCUCUCUGGCAGAACUGAGUCAACGUGAUGACAAUAUAGUUUGCAUAGACAUCGAUAAACGCCGUAUAAUGGAAUUUUCCGCUAUGAGUCCAGAGGAAAAGAAAAAUUGUCCUCUUAAUCCGUAUAUGGACGUUUCCAAUAUAGUUGUUACUCACUCUGAUGAUGAAUUUUUGACAUUUUGUUUAUGCGAAAAUUGUGAAAAAUAUCGUGAAUUUGUCAUACAUAUAAUGGUGGAACAAUUUAAAGCCACUCAUAUGGUAGUUAUGCUAUUAGAUGUUUUAAUUAAAUCAUAUGGACCUAUGUUGAAAAACAUUACUGCUUAUAAUAAGUUUGAAAAGCUACUCGAUAGUAAUAAGGAAAUAUACUGGAUAACAUGUGGUGUUAUAUACCAUAAAAAGGCUGAGCAUUUUGAUUUUAUUUAUGAUGAAUAUCUAUCGGAUAAUAUGAUAUUUGUACUCUUCAGUUCCAUUUUAAUGCUAAAUAAUCCCUUGCUAUUAUUGCAAAUAUUGGCAUUUCAUGUGGAAUGUAUUGUGGAAGCCUAUGCGGAAGGUUUUUUGGAAAUUGUAGAGCCCGAUAAGAGUAAAAUACCAGCUGAUGAAAUGAUAAAUUAUAUUCUCAAUGGCUAUGAUGAUUUAAUGCGCAUUUCAGAGCAGGUGGCUUCUUAUUUGUUUGCUUUUGAAAAUGACUUUUUGCGAAAAUUUUCUUUAACCUGGAAACUUCUCUGUCAACGCUUGUAUCAACAACAUGUUCAUUUUCACUUGGCAGACACCAUGUUGGCCUGCAUUAUAACAUUAAAAGAGGAGGAGUUAACUUCUCAUCAUACUGAUCUUAUCAAGCGUUACAUACAGUUUGAUGACAUUAUGAAUUAUGUUGAAAAACGUUGGACCGAUGUAUGGAUCGAAUUGAAUAAAUUCAAUUUGUCCGAGGUAGAACGUAAACGACGUAAAUCACUUUUAGAUGUGUAUCGUAUUUUUGAUACGGUGGUACAGGAUGCCAUUGGAUUUUCGCUGCAGGACAGCGUGGACGAUAAUGAUUUUUAUGAUUUUCGUUUCUUAAAAAAUCGUCGCUUAGCUUGGAAGAAUAUAAUGUCCUAUACAAAAAUGAAAUGGCCAGAUGGUUUCUUUCAGCCGCCCAACACUUUAGUAAUAGAUGAUAAAUGUCAGACGUGUAAUGUUUCCUUAGACUAUCAUGCAGACUACUGCAAAUGUAUCACGUGUUCUAUAGCUGGUGGACCUUUACCACCUAGACGUAAUGCCGACGGUAAAUGUUCCAAAUGUUUGGCACACGAAAUUGUCGAGAAAGAUGUCAAUUUCUAUGAUUCGAAAAUAUUAAACGUUUGUGCCAGUGAUGAUUUUCAAAAUUUGGUUUCAAAGACCAGCAAUAAUGGUGCAAAACGUAAAAACACUGCCCUUCAAGAGGUUGGUCAAGAAUUAUAUUCGACCUUAGCUUCAGUUGGAGAAAUGUUAAAUAUUAAUGAUUACGAAAUAAGUUCAGAAACAGCAUCAAUAUCAACUAAUAAUAGCUAUCAUAUCUCAUGGGCUGUCUUCAAUCAUUUAAACAAUCGCAAACGUUAUCCUCAUGCAACAAUUGAAGAAGAAUAUUUUUGUCGUGAUUGCAAACUGCCUUCCUGUCUUUUGGCACAUAAGAUUUUAGCCAACAAAAUAUCUCCGUCACUCUCGCAGGAUCUGGUACAUUACUAUCAGCCCAUGUCGAUGAGUCGCGAAGAAUUGCGUUCAAUUUUACCCAACAUAAUGUUGUACAAUCGUAAAUUAGUUGCCUCUAAUAAUGGACUAGAUUUAAUAGAUGUACACGAUUUAGUUGUUAAAAUUUAUUGGAUUUUUAUAAUCUCAAUAUAUGCCAUAUAUUUUAUUAAUUACGACGACGACAAUGAUGGGGAUGAUGGUAAUGAUAAAGAUGCUUCCGCUGUUACUGGUGGUGGUAAUCAUGAGGAUAAUGUUGCUUGCAAUUCUGGAGACAAUGAGAUGCAAGAGCAUACAAAGCGCAAAGCUUCAUAUUUAGAUGUUUUGGAAUUGGUAAAUAAUGACAUAAAAGUAAAUGUGGACAAAAUAACUGGCAAUAAGGAUGAUACAAAGUUUUUGGAAUUUCUCGAUAAGGUCAAGAGUUUAUCACCAUAUAAUAACGAUGUGGAAUCCAAUUUUGAAGUGGGUGUUAAUGUUAAUAGUGCUGAAAUGCAAAGGAAAUUGAAUGAUAUUUUAAAAAUAAACGAUAACCAAGAUAGUCCUCCUCAAUGUGAUAAUAUACCACCGCCAAUCAUGACCACAACUGAAGAUGAAGAACAACCCCAGACCUCAGAUUUAACUCCUUCAGAAACAGUAGAGGCACAGCCCAAAAAGUCUUGCAAAGAAAAAACAAAGAAGUGUUGUUUUGAUCAUUCUGAUAUGGGUACAGAUCAUUGUAAAGAAAAUCAUUCGAGUAAAAAACGUUUAAAAAAGGAUUGCAAUCAUGCUCGUAUGAAUGAGACAAGAGAUCGUUUGCGUAAGAAAUUGUCUCAAAUUGUGAAUGCAAGAAAAAAUGCCAAACCAUUGCAGUCGGCGGAAACUGCGCAAACAUCAACUUCAACUUCACCGACUACAAGUGCUGCAACGGCUUGUGCUGAAGCGCAAAAUCAGAUGGAAAAUGUAUUAAAUCCAGAAGAGUUAAAGUUGUUUCAACAGUAUUUGCCUCAGCCAGAUUUUUGGGAGAUUCAUGAUAUUGUUGCAACAUUUGAUCAUUUGCAUAAUGAAGCUAGACGUAAUAAUAAUCUUCACAAUCUUUGUGAAUGCUUGCAACAUUUGAAAACAAAUCCAAAAGGAGCUGAAUCGAAAAAUAAUAACAACAAUAAUAGCAGUAGCAGUAGUAGUAGCAAGAAGAUUCAACAACACACUCAUCAACAUGUUCAACAACAAGAGCAGUUGCAACCACCGCCUCCACCACCACCACCACAACAACAACAGCCGCAUGACAACAAUCCAUCUCCGCCUCAGCAAUCAUCUUCACUAGAACCACCAAAUAAGAAAUCAAACUUAAGCAACAACUCCACACGUGAUGCUUCAACAUCAAGCCAGAGCACAAAAAAUAAAGAUAAUAAUUCCACGAAUAACACCACUACACCGAUUUCAACAUCAAAGACCGCCAACAAUUUGGAUUUCGUCAGUGAAAUAUGUGAAAUUAUCGAUAAUUAUUCCAAAGAGCAAGCAAAACGCAAAUGGAUUAAAGAGACGCUUAGUUUUAUUGAAGGGCCGACUGCAGGUGCUGGCAAAAAGAAGACACAACCACAGACAUUAAAUCCCAAAAAAGCUGCCAAAAAAGCCAAACAGAAACAACGCAAAGAAGAAGAAAAACGUAUAACCGAACUGCAAGAUCUAAGAUCACAGUUUCAUAAUAUUUACUUCAAGGAGUUUAGCGAAAAACUAAAUCUUAAAUCCUUAAAGGCCAACAAGAAGCGGGACAAAAAGAAAAUCAGUGAAUUGGAAAGUAACAUAAAGAAUUUACAACGUGCCAAAGCUAAAGUUGAAACUGCCAUACUAGAACUAAUAGCAACGGUUAAACAAACGAAUACCGAAUUCAAAUUCCCCUAUUUGCCCACUAAAGAGCAACAAAUGGAAAAAGUAAGAGAGUUGGAAGGUCACGAUACCAGCAAGGAAGGCGAUAAAACCAUUAAAGUUCGUAACUUACUACAUCACACAGCAAAAGAAGGUGGCGAUGCCAUGAAUUCUGCUACAGCUGCUAAUGCUUCGUCCUCUCCGUUCACUAUGACACCAACUAACAACUUAAAUAUGGUACCAGAAUCGUAUAGCAUGCCCUAUGCCCAUGCUAACCACUUUCCAUACAAUCUUGGCUUUCCCACUCCUGCGGCGCCAGCUCCAUUUGGUCUAAUGCGUGCUACGCCCAUGUGUUAUGCCCCUCCACCGACCACGGCUGUGGCUUCAGUUCAACAACAACAGCAGCAGCUAGCACCUGAUGUUGUAGCGGCCAUGGCGGCAAAUACAGCCAGUAACAAUACCACAGAUCCCUCCAAGCGCAUAGUAACAAUCAGGCGAGUUAAUUUGCCGAAUGUUCCUGAGCCUCAAGUUACGGUUACGGCUAAAGGACCAUCCCCAGAUAAAGACAAAUUACUAUACACUUUUAUAAAUGGCCAACUAAUACAAACUGGCACAGCUCCACCAAUAACCAUACCACAAAUGUCAGCGGUAACUCCCUUGCCUCAUCCACCCCAACCACCGACAACACAGCAAUCUGCACAUGUUACAAAACUGACUGCGGAACAUUUGCUAUCAAUACCACCUCCUCCUCCACCGAAGCUUUCGAAAACCCAAAUAAAAAAAGAAAGAAAACGUUUGGCUAAACUACAGGCCGAAAAGGAAGCUGCUGAGGAGGCAGAACGUAAGCGUAUAGAGGAGGAGCAGCAAAGAUUAAGAGAAUUGAGAGAACAAAAAGAAUUAGAAAUGCAGCAGUUGCAGCAGUUGCAGCAACAGCAGCAACAAAAGCAGAAGCAACCAAAGAAGAAUAAGAAGAAUUCACAAACUCAACAACAAUCAAAAUUAUCCUGUUGUCCACCAUCAUCGUCGUCUAAUGCCAACAAUAAAGAACCAUCAUCGAAGAGCAAAAACAAAAAUAAACUUUCCAACUCUAAUUCUACAACAUCAGUCUCGACAAAUGAAACAAAUGAUUCACCCAAACUGCCACAAAUGAUGGCCAUAAAAAAUUCAUCAAAACAAAAACGUUCCGAAUCUACAACAACCUCUUGCUCAGCUGCAACAUCUACAUCGUCAAAUAAUUCUACAAGUUCGCAAAUGAAUACGAGAGAUAAUUCUGUCAGUAGUCUAAAGCCAUUAGAUAUGAAAAAGAACUCUGCUAACAAUAAAAAGAAUACAGAAAAGGAACAAAAAACAGGCACCAUUCAAAAGCCUAACGCUGCUAACAAGAAUAAAACAAAGACCAGCCAAUUGAAACAGCAAAAACAAAGCAAAAAAACAACAAGAAUACCACCAACUCCAUCAACCACAUCCUCAGAUGCUGAAGACGGAGACGAACGGCAAGAAUUAGAUAAAACAAAAGCACCAACACCUCCUGCGAGUUCUAAAAAUCAAAAACAACAAACACAAGCUACGAAAUCAACAAAAUCUUCACUUAAUAAACAACAAAACUUGCCACAAAAAUUAAAAACCAAUCCGAAGCCAAUAACGCCUCCAAGUUCUGAUAACGAAACUGAAGACGAAGAAGAACCUGUUAUUACUCCUGAACAGCCAAUCAAGGAACAUAAAAAACGACGCCCUAAAUUAGUAGACAAUGGACAAUUUGAUAACAAUCCAUUUAAGUCGUUACACAUGCAAGAUUCUGAAACUGAUUGGUCCUCUGCAGAAGAUGAUGAAGCAAAUGAAGAUACUGAAAAUGAAGUAGAUGUCAAAAUGAACAAAACUUCAGUGACAGUUCAAAAAACUUUAAUUCAAAAGAAUGAACCAAAAUCUAAACACAGCGAAGAACAGAGCAACAAUGUUAAGUCGAAUUCAACACAAAAUCAGAAAAACAAAGCCGAAAUAUUAAAUGAAAGUAAAGACCGCAAAAUACCGCAACCGUCAACAUCAUCGUCAACAGGAAAUAAAAACUUAACCAGCAAGACAUCUAAAAGCAAUAAGAACACAAAAUACCAACAGCCAAACGAAAAGUUGGAACAGAAUACUGCUACAAAAAUAAAUAAUUCAAUAGGAGCACAACAAAGACUACAGGAGGAAGAAAAUAAAGCAACCAAACCAGUGCGGCUGCCAAAACAAACUAUACAACAAAAUAAUAGUGGGAUGCCUAAUAGCCGUAAAGGAAAAAAUGAAAACCGUCAAACAAAUGCCAACAGUUUUAUGCCUCAAAAUAAACCCAAUAAUAAACAGACAAACAAUUCUUCCAAUGCACGUAAUCAACAAUCGGCUUGCUCCACUAGCUCUCGAAACAACAGUAACAAUAAUCGUAAUAACAAUAGAAACACUGGUAAUCUGGAACAGAACCAACAUAAUUAUCAACAUUAUAAUCAUCAGCAUCUAAAUACCCAACCGCCGUCUACAACUACAGAAAAUAGGACUUCUUCAAACAAACGAUCACAACGCAAUAAAAAAUAUCAACAAAAAUCACAGAAACACUCUUCGAAUAUGCAUCAUAACCACCAUCAGAAUUGUUGUUCAUCUGGAAUACCCAACCAUAUGGGCUACUUUAAUGCUAAUGAAGUUAAUAUAACAUCAUCAGCCACCUCGGCACAUACGCAACAACCAGCACACACUAAUGCAUCUCAAAAUCGCUCCUAUCAAGCGUUGGCCGAUCAAAUGCAAGCUUUGCGUCUAAGUGGCCAUCAAGUUCAAUCAACAACUGCCGCAGCGACAGCUCAACAACGUCAACAACAUAUCAAUUCGGCAAAUGUCAGUAUUAUGGAUCAGCUAAAUCGUGGUGUUCAAGUUGAAAACCUUUCUCUACCGCCUGGUAUCACUCUCACAAAAGUUGAUCCCAUUAAGAGUGAACAGCUGCGUCAAAAAUCUGAAUCGAUUAAGAAAUUAGCAAAACCUCUGCAGCAACAGCAACAUCUUCACCAUCAACAACAUAAUCCACAAACAUUCCAUCAUUCUGCGUCGGGAGCUACUAUUAUAGCACCACCUGUUGUCAACCCCAUGGCCAGUUAUUAUGGUUCGCCUUAUAUUAAUGCCGCCAGCGCCACCGCAGGCAUUGAUCCUCAAAGUGGUAUAAUAAUGGUUGAAGCUAAUCCUCCUAAAACUCAAUCCAACAUCAGAAAUAAUACUAUAUCGCAGACAAACGUGGCCAAUAGCAAUUGCAAUAGUAAGCAAUCGAAAAAUAAGAAGAGACGCAACAAAUCAAAGGCUACUACUAACAAUAAUGGUUCAUGCUCCAUGGCAAGUUCUGUUAAUUCGAAUCAGUCUGAAAAUAGUGGACAACCGAAAAUGAUAACAUUAAGAAAUCCUAUGUUCCAUGGUGGAUCCACUGCUGCAGCUACAGCAAUGAUUCAACAACCAGUCCUAUUACCAGGUCGUCCAGCAGAUGGGUUUCCUAUGCCUGCACCCUUGCCAGUUGAUCAACCAGCAGCUAUUAUUAAGAAUGAAAAUGGUAUGUAUACCAUACGUAAUCCAGCAUUACACCAGGCUGUUACUAGUGGCUUGGCUAUGGGAGGAUAUAGACAAUUUGGGGGAAAUGUUAAUUACUACACUCCUCAAGAAGCAGCUGCAGAAGCUGCAAGAGCAACACGUCAACAGCAACAACAACAUCAACAGCAGCAACAACAUAACGAAAAUAAUAAUAAUAAUAAUAAUAACAAGUCUUCCACAACUAGUGGCAACAAUCCAUCAUCAUCAUCAUCGUUUUCAUAUUUCUCCAGUGACGCGGUACAAACAAAUACACCCCACAAUAACAUCAGCAUUAGUUGUACCAGUAUUGGAGGAGCGGAAUUGAACCAUGGACGUAGUGGCGGUAGUAGUGUGAGCGGUUUAAUCGGUGAUGCAGCUGUAAUACAACGUCCUACCCCACAACAACGUCCUAUUUCUGCUAUUGGAAGCGAAAUAAAAAACGCUCAACAACAGAAACAAAAAACUAAAGUCGAACAACAAUGGUCUAAUUUUGGUUCAGAUACACUGCCCAUGAAUAAAAAUGACAAUUUAGGUUGCAAUACAUCGUUUUUGGGUACCGUUACAGAAGGUGGUGCUAAUGCAGUAGUAAGUGGUGCUGCUGGAGGUGGUGUUGUUGCACCGGUGACUGAUUUAUCAUUACAGGAAAAAUAUCAACAAUCUAAGUAUUAUAAUGGUUUUGACGUGUUCACUGCCACUGGCAGUGGUGGCAGCAGUAGUUCGGCUGCUACUUGUGCCCAUAUGCAUCAUAGUUGUGGCGAUGAUUCGCCACCACCCUCUAUAACUGGUUACAAUUCAUACCUAGAAGGUAUACCAAAUACGGGUGUUAUACGUUAUGAUGAUGCUUCCUUUUUAAAGAAUUUAAUACCGGGACAGAAUCUCAAUAAUGAGGUGUCUAUACAUAAUGUUAAUGACUCAAAUUUUGCCCGUAAUGCCCAAUCACCGCAGGCUCAUCGUGUUGAAAUUACCCCUGUCUAUGGUAACAGGCCACCGUCUACAAGUUUAUAUGAAUCUACGGCUGUGCAGGCAAAUCAAACUAAUUUUAGAGGCAAUUAUCGUGAUCCGUUAAAUGACUACAACAAUGAUGCUACUACCAUUUUCCCUAGUAAUAAUAUGCACUUGAAUUUAAACGAAUUGGAGAACUCGAUGAAAUACGAUUUCGAACAAACACCGCCAACAACAACAAAUGUCGCUGCUGUAGCGGGUGAUAACAGUCACAAUACGAUAUUGGAUUUUAAUGAUUUAUUAAUAAAGAAUGGACCAACUGGCCCAGCCAGUCAUCGUACUUCACCCUACUUAGAUGAAAAUACCCUUGAGGGAUUUGUGCAAAAUAUGAAUUCCCUACAAAUUUCAAACACAUCAACUGAAGAGCAAAGCUCUCAAAUGAACGGCAGUGGUCAUUGUGUUGGACAUGGUAAUACCGCUACAACUAGUGCUAAUAAUCCUUCGAAUGGUUGGUGGUAAUUAUCUCUUAUCUCAAUACCAUCCAUCAAUAACAAUUUCUAAAUUGAGCCAGAGGAAAAAACAAAAUAAAACGCACUCUCGAACAUUCAUUUUGAAUGUAAAAUAUCUACUAUUUAAAAUGUAAAACAAAAACUAUUCGAAGAAUAGAUUUUAUUAACUCUCUAUCUAAACGUAACUCUAUAAUUGUGAACACACUCAAUGCUGAUGAACAAUUGUUAUUUGCAAUAAACAGAAAUAAGGAAUAAAUCCAAUAAAAAAACAUUAAUAGAAUUAUAUGAAGAAAAUAAAAACUAAAACAAAAACGACAA